AUGUCUUCCCAGCAGCAGCAGCAGCAGCAGCAGCAGCACUGCCUGCCCCAGAAGGCCCAGCAGCAGCAGAUGAAGCAGCCCCGCCAGCCUGCUGUCAAAUGCCAAAAAACGUGCACACCUCAAACCAAGGACCUGUGUGCACCCCAGGCCAAGGAGCAGUUUCCCCCCAAGGGCACAGUUACUCCAGUCGAGCAGAAGUGUCCCUCAGCUCAGCAAGCCAAGAGUAGUCAGAAGCAAAGAUGGACUGGAGAUGGCCGCCUGCAGGCCAUCCAGACCACCAGCUGGAUGUGGCCCCCUCUUCACCCUGCUCCUGCUUCCCCCGGCCCCAGGAUCUGCCUCCAUCUCCCACUUCCUCCUGCUCAGGGUGCAUGA